UGUAUAAAACUCGCGCCAAUGAUCAGGUGAGAUUACGGGAUUGCAUAACGAGGACUAAGUCAUUAACCGGCAGGAAAAAAAGGAGGAGCGUCUUUUCUCUGCGUCACUGGCAAGGAUUGGACGCCCACUUGGACCUUUGAGCGCAGCCAAUCGGGCGUCAACGACCUCGUUGUUGCUCGACAAACAAUCAGAAAUGAUUUUCCUAAACAAUCAGUUGAUCAGGAAUAGAAUGCACAGUUAGAUGCUCGAGAAGAACAAAUCCCUUUGGAGAAGCGGAAGAGAUAUACGGAGGAGAGUACUCGGACGAAAUCUCGCCACGAAAUCUUGUAUUCGAUUCUAGACAUGCUCCUUAAUCUAGCCACGUCCAAGUCACGCAUUCUACAGCGUCUCGUUGCUAAAGAAUCAUCGGGGAGAAAACUCGAGAAGCUGUUAAGGAUUAAAAAUCGAUUUGAGACGAAUGAUCGAUGAUGGGUGUCAAAAGGCAAGGGAAAAUGUUUUGUAUACCGCAAAACGGUGAACAACGACCUGAUUGGCGACUGUCAAAAAAUGCACGUUGCAUCGUCUGGCGGUGAAGUGGGGAGCCACUGACGAAAACUUCCUCCUCGCUCUUCGUUGCGCGUCUCGCAUCAUCUUUGUCGGCAUAGGAAGAGAGACGCAUAGACAAGAAAAAGAAACGGCAGAGGAAAAGUUAGGAGAAGUUAGCUGAAGAAGCGAUUGCUGAUCAACUCGAGAGGCGAGAAAUUCAGUGGCGCUCCGUGAUUCUUGGUUUCGUCAUGUAUUACGUUGGUGACAUAACGAGACAUGUCUGCAAAUCCAGUAUUCGAGAACACCGAGUUAAACGUGUUAGAGACUGGUCAUCUAACAAACGAAUCGAUAACGGAAAACAAGAACUAUACCUCUUCCAGGAGACAAGAGAAAAAUCAAGUGAUUACGUACAAUCGGUAUACGAUGCAUUGGACAAUUUCUUUUCGAAGCAUCGUCAAAUAGUUCAAUUUUUCUUGAUGACUCUAGUGAAUUUAAUUGUAUUAAUUUAUUUCAUUUUUGCCACGAUAUAUUGGAAAAAUAAUUACAACUACUUCGAUUGGUGCCAUGGUUAUGGCUUGCUACUCCUUAUAUUAGUGGUCGUUUAUGGCUCAAUUUUUUAUCAUUAUGCCUUGAAACCUUUUUUUGGAAAAAUAUUCGUUUACUGUCAUCGGCCAUGUAUCAACAUCAUCGACAAUUUUCAAAAGAUAAAAUAUGGUAACAUCAUCGGCCAAACAGUAAUUUAUACAUGUAUCUUUGCUGCUAUCAUUGUAUUCCUUAUUAUCGACACUGCGAACUCGAGAGAAAGAUUAAUGAGUGGAAUCGGAAUCAUCGUAUUGAUAAGUUUAGGAUGGUUAUUCUCAAAGCAUCCUAGUCACAUAAAAUGGAAACUCGUCUUGAACGCGUUGAUCGUGCAAAUUAUCUUUGGUCUUUUUACAAUUCGAUGGUCCGUUGGUCGAUCUAUUUUCCAAUGUAUUGCCAACAAAGUAGAAUCAUUUCUCAACUUUGCAAAGAUUGGUGCAAGCUUCGUAUUUUCCGAUAAUCUAAUCGCAGAUGGUAUUUUUGCUUUCACUGUUCUGCCUGUGCUCUUUUAUUUUAAUUUUAUCAUUCAAAUGUUAUACUAUUUAGGUAUUAUGCAAUGGAUUAUCUUCAAUCUGGGUAAAUUUCUGCAAAAACUCAUGGGAACUUCGAUUUGUGAAUCAAUAGUUUGUGCUGGAAAUAUUUUUAUUGGAAUGACAGAAACACCGUUAAUGAUCAAACCUUAUUUGAACAAAUUAACUACCUCGGAAUUGCACACUCUCAUGAGUUCGGGUUUUGGUACCGUUUCAGGAACUGUUUUCGCCGCAUACAUUAAUUUCGGUGCAAAUCCUGCUCAUUUGAUAACCGCUACUUUGAUGGCAGCACCAGCAACUCUCUGUUAUGCUAAAUUAUUUUAUCCAGAAACUGAAAAGAUCGUAAUUACUUCCGAUAAUGUAAAAUUAGAAAAAUCUAAAGACACUGGUUUAAUAGACGCAGCGAGUAAAGGUGCUACGGCAGCAAUUCCUUUGGUUUUGAGUAUAAUUGCUAAUAUUGUUGCGUUCGUGUCCUUUAUCGCGUUAAUAAAUUCUCUAUUGUCCUGGAUAGGAUCACUAAUUGGUUAUGAAAAAUUAAGUUUCGAACUUAUAUUAUCGAAAGUAUUUAUACCUAUAAGUUGGGUUAUGGGAGUACCUUGGGAUCAUUGUGAGGAUGUAGCAACUUUAAUAGGUUUGAAGACUACAGUAAAUGAGUUUGUCGCUUAUAAAGAAUUGGGAAAAUAUAAGAAAGAAGGUCGAAUUUUUGGUAGAAUCGAGGCUAUAGCUACUUUUGCGAUUUGUGGUUUCGCGAAUCCUGGUUCUGUUGGAAUUACUAUAAGCAUAUUGACUUCUCUGGCUCCUGAUAAAAAAGAAAUUAUAACCAAUAUUGUCAUGAGAGCCUUCAUUUCUGGAUGUGUUAUUACGUUUCUUACAGCCAGUGUCGCUGGAAUGCUGGUACCUGAUGAUUACGAAUACAUAAGUGCAUUUGUAUCAAAUAGAACUCUUAGUUAAUAUUCUAGGUUAUUAUGUUUGUCGAUUCUAAAUAUAAAAUAUUUGUAAGAUAUAUGUAAAUAGGUAGGAUGAAUAAGAAAAUCUACAUUGUUUCAACUUAAUUGAUAUUAAGAUAUCAUCCUAUUUGUUAUAAUAUUAAAAUUUCAUAUCUAAUGUCCCAUA